CAUUGAUCAAACAUUAUUUGUGGUGCAUGUGCAAUUUAAAAUCUCAUUGAUAUUGAUUUGCUGAGAAAAAAAAUAUCAUUGAUAAUUUCUUCAGCCUUAUUCUUAUUUUUAUUCUUCACUAGAAAUGGAGAAUCUUGGAAAAACAUUCCUACUACUCCUAUUGUUAUCUUCAAUAUUCUCAAUAGCCUCAUCAAGAAGAAGACCACCAGCUUCAUCCAGCAACAUAGAUUGGUGGUGCAACCUAACACCACAUCCUGAACAAUGCAAACAACACCUCAGUACUCAAAUGAAGAGCCACCAUUUCCAAAUCAAGCACAAAACUAUCUUCCGGGAAAUGCUUCUUCAAAAUGCCUUAAAUCAAGCCCUCAUCAUGCAAAAAGAAGCAAAUGACAAUGACCAAAACAACAUGCUAACAAAGAACCACAGAACCGUACAUGGUGAUUGUUUGAAGCUCUAUGGAAAAACCAUCUUCCACCUCAACCGCACCCUUGAAUGCUUUCAUGGGAAGCAUAACUGUUCAUCGGUUGAUGCACAAACAUGGCUCAGCACUUCUCUCACAAACAUUCAAACAUGUCAAGAUGGCACGGUUGAACUUGGUGUUGAAGACUUCAAGGUUCCCAACAACAAUGUUUCUGAGAUGAUUAGGAACAGCCUGGCCAUCAACAUGGACUUCAUGAAACAUCAUGAUCACAUGGAAGAAAAACCAGAAGAUGCGUUUCCAAGUUGGUUUUCAAAGCAUGAGAGGAAACUUUUGCAGUCUUCAUCGAUAAAGGCACAUGUUGUGGUGGCCAAAGAUGGUUCUGGGAAUUUCAAGACUGUGCAAGAUGCUCUCAAUGCUGCGGCAAAGAGGAAAGUGAAAACAAGAUUUGUGAUACAUGUCAAGAAAGGAGUGUAUAGAGAGAAUAUUGAGGUUUCGGUUCACAAUGAUAACAUCAUGCUGGUUGGUGAUGGGCUGAGAAAUACUAUAAUCACCAGUGCCCGAAGUGUUCAAGAUGGUUAUACUACCUAUAGUUCUGCAACUGCUGGAAUAGACGGCCUCCACUUCAUUGCACGCGACAUCACCUUCCAAAACACCGCUGGUGUUCACAAGGGUCAAGCUGUGGCACUCCGAUCGGCCUCAGACCUCUCCGUCUUCUACCGGUGUGCCUUCAUGGGCUACCAAGACACCCUCAUGGCUCAUGCGCAACGCCAAUUUUACCGCCAAUGCUACAUCUAUGGCACUGUUGACUUUAUCUUUGGCAAUGCCGCAGUGGUGUUCCAAAAUUGUUACAUUUUCGCAAGAAGACCCUUAGAAGGCCAAGCCAACAUGAUCACAGCCCAAGGACGAGGCGACCCAUUUCAAAACACUGGAAUUUCAAUUCACAACUCUCAAAUUCGAGCAGCUCCAGAUCUCAGGCCCGUUGUUGACAAAUACAACACUUUCUUGGGUAGGCCUUGGCAACAAUACUCUAGAGUCAUGGUCAUGAAAACGUUCAUGGACACCUUGGUUAACCCAUUGGGUUGGUCUCCAUGGGGUGAUUCUGAUUUUGCUCAGGACACACUUUAUUAUGGAGAGUAUCAAAAUUAUGGGCCUGGAGCAUCUACAACCAAUAGAGUAAAAUGGCCUGGUUUUCAUGUGAUUAAUAGCCCAACUGAAGCGUCACAGUUUACUGUGACACACCUUCUUGCUGGCCCAACAUGGUUGGGUUCUACAACUGUGCCAUUUACCUCUGGCCUUUGAGCUUGUGCUAUGUGAUUACAAUUUGUUGAGUCAAUUAUUUAUUUGUUUUUAAGUUAUAUUGUAGUCUGUGUAAAAACAUAUAUAAUUGAUAUUCUUCUGUAUCAAUUUAUACUGUAUUAUUCUUUGUAA